AAGAAAAAUAUUGGCAACAAUAACAACAACAACAAAGGCCUAGUUGCUAAGUCUGCCUCCUGACUUCCUCUUUACUCAGGAAAGAGAAAGUAGUCACUGAUUUUUUUGUCCAGAGUUUUCGUUUUUUCUAUUACUACUACUCUCUGAAGAUCUUAGCUGUUAUCUCUUUUGGUCUCUAAUGCCCAUAAUCCCUUGUCCCUAUCCCCAUAUCAUAUAUAUCAUUUCAUAUACCUAGAAAGCUCCUUUCUUUUUAUUAUGACCCAUUUUUAGUAAACUUCUUCAAAGCGCAAAUAAGAAAAGGAAAAAAAAAAAGAAAAGAAAAAAUUGAUCACUAGUUGAAAGAAAAAGAAGAGAAAAGAAAUGAAGAUCCGCUGUGAUGUUUGUGACAGAGAAGAGGCUUCUGUGUUCUGCUCUGCCGAUGAAGCUGCUCUCUGUGAUGGCUGUGAUCGACGUGUCCACCAUGCCAACAAGCUCGCCAGCAAACACCCGAGAUUUUCCCUUCUCCAACCUACUUUCAAGGAAUCCCCUCUCUGUGAUAUCUGUCAGGAAAGAAGAUCAUUUCUAUUCUGUCAAGAGGACAGAGCAAUCCUUUGCAGAGAAUGUGACAUUUCAAUCCACAGAGCCAAUGAACACACACAGAAACACAACAGGUUUCUUCUCACAGGAGUGAAGCUCUCAGCUUCUUCAAGUUUGUAUAAUAAUCAAACCUCAUCCACUUCUACUACCAGCACUGAUUUAAGAAUUCAACCAUCAUCAACAGCAACAACAAAGAGAUCAAGAACCGUUUCUAAUGAGAUUUCGGGUUCGGCUUCAGUCGAGAUCAAUCCAGUGCCAUCAAAUACUGACAAUGCUUCAUAUUCAACCAGCAGUAUAUCUGAGUAUUUGAUGGAAACACUGCCUGGAUGGCAUGUGGAAGACUUCCUUGAUCCUUCAUUUGCCUCCAAUGGUUUCUGUAAGACUAACAGCCAUUCUGUGUCGUUUGUGGACGAUGAUUUUGAAAGCAAUAAAAGCUCUCUUUCAUCAGAAGAAUUGGUCAAUUGGGUGCCUCAAUUGUCACCACCGCAAAUCACAACUAUGAAUCAUCACAAUAAUGGAGUUCUUAGUGCAGCGAAGUACAACGCAGGAAAGACUGAUCAUGAUAUGAUGUUUAACCAAACAUGGGAUGAUAUCUUUUGCAAAGUUCCUCAAAUCAGCCCUCCAUCUUUCAAGAGACAUAAGGCGCUUUCAUUGGGAAUAAUAAUGUUUGAAAAUUUUCUUUAAUCUGUUAAAUGAGCAACCUCUUUUUUUUUUCCCCCUCUCUUCUUUUUGUUUUACAUCGAUUCUGUCGUUUC